AUGGAGCUGACAUUCAGGAUCCUUGGUCUGCUGGGGUGCGUCUUCCUAGACUGGGCUCCUCUGGCUUCUGCUGAGGAAGAGGUGCUGAUGAAUACAAAGGUAGAGACGUCUGAUCUCAGAUGGACCAUCUUCUCACGGGCCAAGCCUGAGUGGGAGGAAGUGAGCGGUUUAGAUGAGGAGAGCAACAGCGUCAGGACCUUCCAGAUCUGUCAGACUGACAGCUCAUUCAGCCACUGGCUACGGAGCGGCUUUAUCCAACGACGUGGAGCCUCUCAAGUUUACGUGGAGUUGCGCUUCACCAUGAUGGAGUGCUCCUCCGGGAACAGCCACCAUCGCAGCUGCAAGGAGACCUUUAACCUCUAUUACUACCAGGCCGACGCCAACGAGGCCACGGACACGUACCCACCUUGGAUGGAGAACCCCUACACAAAGGUGGAUACAGUGGCAGCAGACUUUCUCCUCAGGAAGGGCGGCGAACGGAAAUCCAACAUCAAGACCAUAAGACUCGGCCCUUUAUCCAAGAGAGGCUUCUACUUGGCCUUUCAGGCUCAGGGCUCCUGCAUGGCCUUGCUCUCCGUCAGGGUUUUCUUCAAGAAGUGUCCCCCCCUCGUCAGCGCUCUCUCCUCUUUUCCUGAGACCAUACCUCGCACUCUGGUACAGGAGGCGCAGGGUGUGUGUGUGGAGCAUGCCGCACAGCAGGGACCCAGAGCUAGGUCCCCCAAGCUUUUCUGCGGUGAAGAUGGCCAGUGGGUGGGCCAGCCGACUACUUCUUGUUCCUGUAUCCCUGGAUAUGAGGCAGCUGACGGACAAACAAGAUGCACAGCUUGUCCCGUGGGUCACUUCAAGUCCGGCACCGAGGGACAGUGCGCAGUCUGUCCGGGAGCAAGCCACGCCUCCGUAAGGGGGGAGGCGGUAUGUGCAUGUCGCCCCGGAUACUUCCGAGCACGAUCCGACAGCCCUGACACUCCAUGCACCAGACCUCCUUCAGCACCACGCAGCAUCGCCUCCCAGAUUAACGGCACUUCAUUACGGUUGGAGUGGAACGAGCCUCUGGACAACGGCGGCCGGGCGGACCUCAGCUACAACAUCAGGUGCCUCAUGUGCAGGACGCCUAGGGGCUCGUGCGUGUCUUGCGGCGACAGCAUCAGUUACCGACCGACUCAGCACGGCCUGACCAGUCGCAGGGUGGAAGUUUGGGGCCUGCUGCCUCACACGACAUACACCUUUGCCAUCCAAGCUCUCAAUGGGGUGUCUCAACUCAGCAGCAAAGACCCCUCCAGCGAGAGUGUCAACAUCACCACCAGCUAUGAUGUGCCGUCGCUAGUGUCUGUGAUUCGGAAGAGUGACUCCACAGAGAGCAGCCUAACUCUUCACUGGUCCGUCCCUGUGCAGCCACAUUACACCAUUCUGCAGUACCAACUACGUUACUGUGAGAAGGAGCGGCGCAGCGAGGAUCCGUGCCUCUACACGGACAGUAACAGAAACCAGGCGGUGCUGACGGACCUCCGCAGAGCCACUCAGUACGAAGUACAGGUCCGGGCCCGCACCAUGGCCGGUUAUGGCAGCUUCAGUCCCGCAGCCGUCUUCAGCACCCUGCCUGAUGGAAUGGACUCUGCCUCCCAGUUCUUGGUGCCAGGCAUCCUCAUCGCCAUCGGGAUGCUGCUGUUGGUCACUUUCAUCUUUGUGGCUGCUUACUGCAUACGCAGACACAGUCGCAUCAAGGAUCCAGAACUGAGCGACAAAAACAGCCAGUACUUAGUAGGCCAAGGGGUCAAGGUUUAUAUCGACCCCUUCACCUACGAGGACCCCAACGAGGCCGUGCGCGAAUUUGCCAAGGAAAUCGAUGUUUCCUUCGUGAAGAUUGAGGAGGUUAUCGGCGCAGGAGAGUUUGGGGAGGUGUGCCGAGGGCGACUUAGGGUCCCCGGAAAAAAAGAAAACUACGUGGCGAUAAAGACACUGAAAGGUGGCUACACGGAUAAGCAGCGACGUGACUUCCUGUCCGAGGCGUCCAUCAUGGGCCAGUUCCAGCACCCUAACAUAAUACACCUAGAGGGCAUCAUCACAGCCAGCUGUCCGGUCAUGAUCCUCACCGAGUUUAUGGAAAACGGCGCCCUGGAUUCUUUUCUUCGGCUGAAUGACAGCCAGUUCACACCCAUCCAGCUGGUGGGAAUGCUGCGCGGCAUCGCCUCAGGCAUGAAAUACCUAGCAGAGAUGAGCUACGUCCACCGAGACCUGGCGGCUCGCAACAUCCUGAUCAACAGUAACCUAGUAUGCAAGGUGUCCGACUUUGGCUUGUCACGUUUCUUGCAAGAGAAUUCCUCUGACCCAACCUACACCAGCUCCUUGGGAGGAAAAAUCCCAAUCCGCUGGACAGCGCCAGAAGCUAUCGCCUUCAGAAAGUUUACAUCAGCCUCAGAUGUGUGGAGCUACGGGAUCGUUAUGUGGGAGGUCAUGUCCUUUGGAGAGAGGCCCUACUGGGACAUGAGCAACCAAGAUGUCAUCAAUGCCAUAGAGCAAGACUAUCGGCUGCCCCCACCUCCUGACUGCCCCACCCACCUCCACCAACUGAUGCUAGACUGCUGGCAGAAGGAUCGCUCCGCAAGGCCGCGUUUUGCCGAGCUGGUCAGCGCCUUGGACAAACUGAUCCGGAACCCUGCGUCGUUGAAAAUUGUCGCUCAGGAGGGAGGAGGGCCUUCCUACCCCCUGUUGGGCCAGCGGUCACCAAUGGCCCUCUCGUCCUGUGCCCCUGUGGGGGAAUGGUUGAGGGCCAUCAAAAUGGAGCGCUAUGAGGACAGCUUCCUGCAGGCUGGUCUGGCUACCGUGGAGCAGCUGGGGCAGAUCACAACACAAGACUUGCUGCACAUGGGUGUGACUUUGGCCGGCCAUCAGAGGAAGAUCCUCUCCAGCAUCCAGACCAUGAACUUCCAAAACAAGAGCCCAACAACUGUGACCUUCUAG